AUGGGAGGAUGUUAUUCUGCCAAUAGUGCAGAGGCAUUUAAAAACAGCAAAUUACCACGAGACAGACCGUUCAGAAAGUCUGGAAGUAAAAAAAAUGGUAAAGUUGAAAAAGAAUCAUAUGCGUAUGGAGAUAAAACAGCUAGUGAAGAUGACAAGUUAAUAUCAGCUACUGAACUAGAUACAGAAGAAAAGAAGGAAGUGGUACCCUCUGACAGUGGUAUUGAAAGUCUUGCUCCCAACUCUGUUAAAGAUGAUAGUGAACUAACCCCUUGUCAUACAGAACCUGUGAUUACAGAAAAUAAAUCAUGUGAAAAUGAUUGGUAUAAUACACCAUCAGAUAAUGACAUAGAAAAACCUCCUUGUGAAAUAAUAGAUGAAAACAAUCCAGAAUCUAUCCAAACCUACUGUUCUUGUGGUCCUAGGCAAGCUGGAAAUACCUCAAGACACAGCAGUAAGUGUCCAACUCAUAUGAGUAGUCCAAAGUCUAACCGAAAUUCUGAUAUCACAGGUUUGAAAUCAAGUUUUAAAGAUUUUAUGCGUAAAACUGAAAAAAAAGUUAGACUUUCUUGGAAGUCUUCAGACAGUUUAGAUAUAAAUAAACAAAUGAGUAAUCAUUUAGAUCGAGCCAAAAGUGAACAAUCAGAAAUAUUUCAAGAUGACAUUAGCUUUUGUGCUCCAUUGGCUCAAUUUGAUUCAGUGGGGGGUAAUUUAGAUCGUCCUAAUUCUAGAAAUCGAAUGAGUACUGUUAGCACUGCUAGUGAAAUAGAAGCAGUAGCUAGAGAUAUUUGUAAUUGUGAAUUUUAUGCAAAUAAUCUGGUGAGUGAAUUGGAUGUGUUAGUGCCAGAGAGAGAUGAAACUUGUCCUCUCCAAUCACCAGAUACUAUAACUAGUAAACCAAAUAGUUCUAAUAAAAAUUCAGAUACAGAGAGUGUAUAUGAUAAUGAUCCUAAAUCUGAACAGCAAGAUAUAAAUACUAAUGAUAGUAAAGAGACUAAGGAAUGUGAACCAUAUACAGCUCUACCAAAAAGACUGCAUGAAAGCCAUAUUGUUAAACAAAUAUCGUUAGCUUCUUUAUCUAGUAUCAGACCCUCAUUAUCAUCAUUAGGUGAUGUUACCAUGACAACAUAUGAAGGGCGUGAUAUGGUUAUGAUAGAUGUUGAAACUUACACUCAAAUACUAGAAGAACUUCAAUUGUUAAAAACUAAAUUGAGUCAAUUAACUACAAUAAUACAGGAAGAUCCUGUUUUAGACCAGGCCUUCCAGAUGAUGGAUGCUUGUCAAUUAAAUUUUGAAGAUAGUCUACUAGAUAAUGAAGAUUCUGAGACUGAGUAA